GUGAUCUGGCAGAUGAAGCUCUGUCGCGAUAACGAUAGCAGAGGGCAGGUAACAGCGGCGCUCACUAUGGCUUCGCCUUCAGCUUAAAACCUCUGAAACCUUUGGAAUUUUGGUCCUCUCUUCGGUAGCUAUCGAACAAUUGGUAAUGGAAUUGGCAAGAAAUGCGGUGUUUACACCCUGCUCUGCCCUUGCGGUGCCGCCGUGCUCGUUUCUAAAGCCGGUGGUUGUGGGGUUCGGCGGCGGCCGGAGGGAAUUGGUGGCCGCGGCCUCGCUGGACAAGGACGGGUUCGGCAGAGGAGUUGGGCCGUCCGGAAGGAAGAAGAUUGGUACGGCCAAUUCUAACUAUGUGGUUCCACUCGACAUGCCGACGCCGGGUCUCGUUCGCCCCCUUGCCGAGAUUCUCCGCGACCUGAACAGUCGGGUUUCGGAGAAAAUAAUCAACCCUGAAAAUAACUCCAUUCCUUGGUAUCAUGCAAACAGAAUGCUGAGCUUCUAUGCUCCAGGCUGGUGUGGAGAAGUACGUGACGUAAUAUUCUCUGAUGAUGGAAGUGUAACAGUGGUGUACCGUGUUACAAUAAGAGGAUCAGAUGGAGAGGCACACCGUGAAUCUACAGGGACAGUAUCCUCAAGGAAUAACCAGUUUGAAGAUCCUGUUACUGCUGCAGAAGAAUUAGCCUUCUGUAGAGCCUGCGCUCGGUUUGGUUUUGGCUUGCAUUUGUACCAUGAAGAUUAAAGUUUUGUUUCGGACGACUUUUUUGUUGCUUCUUAAACAGUUUUUUAAUAUAAAAAUUUUAAUUUUUAUACUAAAAAACUGCUUUAAGAAGCAGCAAGAAAGUCGUCCCAAACAAAGCCUAAGACUUUUAGCUGAAAAGGUAAAUUUUGAGCCGAGAAUUCUUGCAUCUGAGGAUAUUUGAGUUCCAAAGAAACUGACUGUACUGUUAUAUAUCAAAGCAAGCUUCCAUAUAAAUGAGAAAUGUUCAUUGUAAAUAUGAAUAUUGCCUGGUAAUUUUUAGUUGUGUGGGUUUGUUAUUAGAGAUAUGGAACUAAAUAACAUUUUUGUUCUGAUAUAGUAAUGUUAAAUACAAUGACAUGAACUAGUAAUUAGUCACCA